AUGCAUCGCGCAGGCGUUAGUCGGGCUUGGUCCCGCCCUCAAGCACCGCCGCGCCCGCCAGCGCCUCGCCGAAAUGGCGGCGGCACAGCGCGAUAUAGCGGUCAUUGCCACCGAUCUCGGUCUGUGCGCCCUCGGCGAUCGCGUGGCCUUGCAUCGACGCGCAGGUUCAUCGUCGCCUUGGCCCCGCAGACACACACCGAUUUAAUCUCGCUGAGCGCAUCGGCCAGCGCCAGCAGCCGGGCCGAGCCGGGAAAGAGCUGGCCCCGCUCAGUCGGUCCUGAGACCAUAGCACAGGACCGGAAUCCGAUGCCGGUCGGCCAGCCGCGCCAGCUGGUCCACCUGAUCCGGCGUCAGGAACUGCGCCUCAUCGACCGUGAUACAGGCGAGCGGAGUCUUUCCGUGCCGCUCCAGCGCACAGGCCUCCAGAUCGGUCGUCGCACGAACGGCGUCGCGGGCUGCGACAGGCCGAUGCGCGAGGCGAUGGUGCCAUAG